AGUUCAGACUCUUUCGUUUACAUAAUUAAAAAAUACAAAAGCUAAAUUGAGCUGGAGUGGGAGUCAUAAUUUGAGUUAGUGGACGUGGUUACCAGCGCAAAUUCAUUCUCUAUAGCUGUUCUUGAUUCUCUCUGUUUUCUUCAUCACCAAAUCUCUACUCUAUCCAUUAUAAACCCCAAAUUUUCAUUUCCCAUUUAUAUUUGCAAGAUACUGAGAAUCAGUCACCAACAGCAGCUUCAAUCUUCUCAAUAUGGUUCAACUCAGAGAAUUUCGGAUUGUCAUGCCUAUGUCGCUUGAUGAGUAUCAGGUAGCCCAGAUGUAUAUGGUAAUGAAGAUGCAACAGCAAAGUACGUCGAAUAAUGAAGGUGUGGAGGUGUUAGAAAACAGACCAUUUAAAGAUGAUGUGUUUGGGAAGGGUCAGUACACAUCUAAAGUGUAUCACUUGCAGAGCAAAAUUCCUACUUGGCUCACUACUUUUGCACCCGCAGAUGCUCUCCUCAUGCAGGAAGAAGCUUGGAAUGCUUAUCCAAGAUGUAAAACAGUGAUUAAGUGCCCGUACUUCGAGAGAUUCAACUUAUCCAUUGAAACUAUUCAUAAGGCUGACAAUGGGAACUCAGAAAAUGUGCAUGGUUUAAGCAAAGAACAGCUAGCGACCAGGGAAGUAGUGAUUAUUGAUAUAGCUUCAACUGUGACGGAUUAUUGGAGCUAUGCUAUUGGUACCAGCCCUGUGGAUUUGAGCAAAUUCAAAUCAUCGAGGACAAACCGCGGUCCGCUAUUGGAGGGAUGGCAGGAUCUGUGUGAACCAGUAAUGACAGCAUAUAAACUGGUGACGGUAGAUGCUCCAUACUGGGGUUUUGGGUAUCGACUGGAACAAGCUUUACUUUCCGCUGAAAGGGCACUCUUUCUGGAAAGCCAUAGGAACUGCUUUGCUUGGAUUGAUGAUUGGUAUGGGAUGACAAUGGAGCAAAUACGAGAACUUGAAAAACAAAGUGAUUCGUCACUGAAUGAGAAACUGGGGAAGGUAGCUUCAGUGGACGACACACAAGGUCUCGACUUAAAUGACAGUGACAAGAAUAUGAAGCAACUAAGCUAGCUUUAGGGCAUUAACAAACAGAUCUCAUUACCGCAAUCAACACUAUAGCUCAAGGCUCUGUUUAUAUACAUCCGGAGAGGUACAACUUCGAUAAACAAGAACGGGUUGGUUAGACCUGUUAAUUUCUCACUACUCAGUUCAACAAUCAUAAAACAUUUUUGAACUUUUUCUGUAUAUUUGGAAUGAGUAGAUAUUUCCAAUUUAGAUACAUCAUAGGAAAGAAGAUCGUGUAUAGUUUGUAUGAACUAUUUAUCUCUAGAAGAUCAUUACCAUUACGAUACACGUGUAUUUGAUUGAAACCAACAAAUCUUCCUUAACCUAUAUGAAAUGAAAUUAGUUUUCCUUCUACCAUAGAAUUUAUUCCUCA